GGCGAAUAAGUAAAAAAGAUUUCUACAAACCAACUGCAACAGAGAUGUUGCUUACUGCUGGGAACGAUCUUUAUUCCAUUGUUAAAGGUCGAAGAUCAAGUCAAAAGAUUAACAAAUGUGAAAAACAAGAAAAGGAAAGCAAAAACGGGACACAAAAAGAGACAGGUAAAGAUUAUAGGACAAAGACUCAUGCUAAUCUGCUAUCAGGAAUAGAUUUGCAGAAAGCCUCCUCAAGUAAACAAACUGAUGCAUAUAAGCAAAACAUCACAGUGAAGAUCGAAUCUGAUAUUGAAAUAGAUCCCUCUGAAGGAAACAGCAUUCUGGCUGGCUUGAUUCCUUAUGAUCCAGAACGUGUCAAGAAAGACCUGGAGGAGCAGAUGAAGCGCACCUUGAUUUUAACAAAGGCUGAAUUUUGUGAUGCUGCAGAUAUGGGAGACUAUGACACAGUCUUUGCUUCAAUGCAAAGUGAAAGAAUCCCAGAUGUAGACUUAACAUCUCUAUUCCUUAAAGCCUCUCGGCGUGGACAGCGAGACCUUGCCCUUCUGCUCUCUACCCACGUCCCAGACCUAUUAAAGAGGGAUGAAUGGGGGGACAAUGCUCUAACCAUAGCAGCAAAACUGGGUGAUGUUUGCUUUGCCCAUUAUCUCCUGCUCCUAGAUGUUCCAGUAAAUGAAUGUAACAGCCUUGGCCACACAGCAAGAGAAAUUGCAAUAAAACUUGGUCACAUUCAUUUCUUAAAGUUCCUGCAGGAAUAUGAAAGUGGAAUUAUUUAAUGUGUGUUUAUGCAGAGUUAGCUUUUUACAUAAACCAGCAG